GAACACGUGCGUUUAGAGUGUGUUUUUUUCACGUGUGGAUCCAUGGUAUUGAUGCUUGAAAGAUCAGUUGCAACGUCUUAGAAAAUAUGAAGUUUGCGUACAAGUUUUCAAACUUAUUAGGGGCAUUUUAUCGCCAAGGGAACAUAUCUUUCUCUAAAAAUGGGGAUUCUGUCAUCAGUCCUGUAGGCAACCGCAUCUCCGUCUUUGAUCUGAAAAAUAACAAGUCAGAAACCUUACCGGUGUCCACCUCAAAGAACAUUGCUUGUUUUGACAUCUCUCCAGACGGAAAUCUUGCUAUACUAAUAGAUGAAGAUGGAGCGGCAAUACUGGUUAGCUUGGUCACUCGGGCAGUACUUCACCAUCAUCACUUCCAUAAUCCUGUUCAUAAUGUUUCCUUUUCCCCUGAUGGAAGGAAGUUUGUGGUAACAAAGGAGAAUGUGGCUCUAAUGUAUCAUGCACCGGGAAGAAACAAAGAAUUUAAUGCAUUUGCAUUAAACAAGACUUUUUAUGGACCAUUUGAUGAAAUGACUUGUAUUGACUGGACAGACGAUUCGAAGUGCUUUGCUGUUGGAAGUAAGGACAUGACAACCUGGAUCUUUGGGGCAGAAAGAUGGGCAAAUCUCAUCUACUACUCACUUGGUGGUCAUAAGGACAUCAUAGUGGGCUGUUUCUUUGAAAAAGACAGCUUGGAUAUGUACACAGUAAGUCAGGAAGGCACUUUAUGUAUAUGGGAAAGUGACACUGAUCUAGAAGGCUUACGAAAGGGCCCAAAAUACGCUGAGAGAAAGGAAAAGGAGCAGAAAAAACUGAGAGUUUUAGAAAUGGAGGAAGAUGAAGCUAAUGACAUUGAGAUUAUGGGGGAGGAUGGAGAGACCAGAGGAGAUGUCAUCAAAGGAAGUGCCGAAACACCUGAAGAAGUGGAAGGCAUAAAAAAUGUUCGUUAUUUACAGAAAAGCAAAUACUAUUUUAACAAAGAAGGGGAUUUCAACAAACUGACAGCUGCCGCCUUUCACAAGAGAACACACAUACUUGUGACAGGGUUUGCAUCUGGAGCUUUUCACCUGCAUGAAUUGCCAGGUUUUGACCUCAUUCACUCACUCAGCAUUUCAGAUCAGAGGAUUUCGGCCAUUUCUCUGAAUCCCACUGGUGACUGGAUUAGCUUUGGCUGCUCAGGUCUGGGCCAGCUGUUGGUUUGGGAAUGGCAGAGCGAGUCCUAUGUGUUUAAACAGCAAGGACACUUUAACAACAUGAACUCUUUGGCUUAUUCACCUGAUGGUCAGUAUCUUGCUACUGGAGGGGAUGAUGGCAAGGUGAAGGUGUGGAACACCAACAGUGGUCUCUGUUUUGUGACAUUCACCGAGCACUCCAGCGGUGUCACCGAAGUUGCCUUUACCUCCAGUGGUUUCGUGGUGGUCAGUGCCUCACUAGAUGGCACUGUUAGAGCUUUUGACCUGCACAGGUACCGGAAUUUCCGUACCAUGACGUCACCACGACCCGCCCAGUUCUCCUCUCUGGCAGUGGACGGUAGUGGGGAAUUGGUGUGUGCUGGUUCUCAGGACUCUUUUGAGAUCUUUCUGUGGUCUAUGCAGACUGGACGACUGUUAGAGGUGCUUAGUGGUCAUGAGGGUCCUGUCAGUAACUUGUGCUUCAGUCCAGUCCAGUCUGUUCUUGCUAGUGUGUCAUGGGACAAAACUGUCCGGCUAUGGGACAUGUUGGACAGCUGGCAGACCAAAGAGACGUUGCAACUCACCUCUGAUGGGCUUGCUGUAACAUAUCAUCCUAAUGGUAUGGAGUUAGCAGUUGCUUCUCUGGAUGGUGAAAUCACAUUCUGGAACCCUCAGACUGGAAGACAGACUGGCUCUAUCACUGGCCGCCAUGACCUGCAAAUGGGACGCAAAGAGUCUGAAAAGAUCACUGCUAAACAAUCUGCCAAGGGAAAGU